CGAAUGUCCAAGACUUCCCAGAGGCUGAGAGUAUCAUGAGAGAUUGCACGCUUUCGACUAGGUAAAGAAAUCCAAACACUUGUUCACCCAAUGCCACUAUCAAGCAAGGAAUGCUAUCGUGCGUGGGUAGUAGGAUACACCUACACGGCUGGCUGUCUGAUGAUGCAUACAGAUCUGUACCGUAAAAAAACCCUGUCCGCGGUUUGAUGUGUAGCGUAGCCUAUAACCAAUGUGUGCUCACGUGCAGCACAGUCGCGUCAUGAGACACAGAUUGCAUGCGAGUAGUAGCCUACGAAAGCGUGAGUGAAGGAAAGGGCGCUCUCCAACCGGAAAAAAAUAACGGGGGCAAGGUUGAGGUGUAAGCUGUAUUGUAAACGACAUGCGAUAGCACUGAGUAGGUUGAUGUGAAGUACUAGGCUAUACAUAACGUCCAAUAACGCCUCCGGGAACUCGCAAGGAACAACGUCGACAUAGACUACUGAAGACGCGAAAGGAGAGAUGGAUGUAAAGGAUCAAGGAGCUCAGAUGGAGCCGCUUCUGCCGCCGGUUCACAGUCCAGGAAGUGAGAGUGAAUCGAGGAAUGAUGAGGAAGCGGUACUGGACAGAGGUGGGACGCGUUCCAUGCUCAACACCAACUUUGAGAAGGAGGAGCUAGAGGGCCACCGUACACUCUACAUUGGUGUCCAUGUGCCACUCGGCAGAAGGUCCCACAGACGACACCGUCACCAUGGACACAGACACAGGAAGAGAUCCAGAGAAAGGGAUUCUGGGAUGGAGGAUGGACGAGAGUCACCCUCAUACACGGACACCCCUUCCCAGAGGGUGCAGUUCUUGCUGGGGACGGAGGAUGAUGACGAACAGCACAUCCCCCAUGCCCUCUUCACCGAGCUGGACGAGAUCUGCUUACACGAGGGAGAGGACGCCGAGUGGAAGGAGACAGCAAGAUGGCUGAAGUUUGAGGAGGAUGUGGAGGAUGGUGGGGAGAGGUGGAGUAAGCCCUAUGUGGCCACCCUCUCACUGCACAGCCUGUUUGAGCUGCGCUCCUGCAUCCUCAACGGCAUUGUCAUGCUGGACAUGAGGGCCAACUCCUUGGAGGAAAUAGCAGACAUGGUGUUGGACCAGCAUGAGACGACAGGGUCCCUGGGGGAGGAUGUACGCAGGAAGAUAAAGAAUGCGCUGCUGAAGCGCCACCACCACCAGAACCAAAAGAAGCUGGCCAAUCGCAUCCCCAUUGUGCGCUCAUUUGCCGAUAUUGGCAAGAAGCAGUCAGAGCCACACUCCAUGGACAAGAAUGGUGGUCAGAUGGUGUCCCCACAGUCUCAACCGACUGCCACGGAGGGCCGGGGUGAUGGCAGCAGGGAGAACAGCUCAGUUGACUUCAGUAAGAUAGACCUUCACUUCAUGAAGAAGAUCCCCCCUGGUGCAGAGGCCUCCAACAUCCUGGUGGGCGAGUUGGAGUUUCUUGAAAAGCCUGUGGUGGCGUUUGUGCGCCUUUGUCCUGCCGUGCUGCUUAACGGUCUGGCGGAGGUGCCCAUCACCACCAGGUUUCUGUUUAUCCUGUUGGGGCCGAUGGGGAAGGGCCCUCAGUAUCACGAGAUCGGCCGCUCCAUCGCCACGCUGAUGACAGACGAGGUGUUCCAUGAUGUGGCGUAUAAGGCCAAGGAGCGCAGUGACCUGGUGGCCGGCAUUGAUGAGUUCCUGGAUCAGGUGACCGUGCUGCCACCAGGAGAGUGGGACCCCACCAUCAGGAUAGAGCCCCCGAAAAAUGUGCCCUCUCAGGAGAAGAGGAAGUUGCCACCGUUACCCAAUGGCGUCACAGACCUGGGAGAAGCAGAGGAACACGGCGGACAUGGAGGCCCUGAACUACAGCGCACAGGAAGGCUCUUUGGUGGCCUCAUCCUAGACAUCAAGCGCAAGGCCCCCCACUACUUGUCAGACUACACAGACGCACUGAGCCUGCAGUGUCUGGCCUCCUUUCUGUUCCUCUACUGCGCCUGCAUGUCCCCCGUCAUCACCUUUGGAGGCCUGCUGGGGGAAGCCACCGAGGGACGCAUAAGUGCCAUUGAGUCCCUGUUUGGUGCCUCCAUGACUGGCAUUGCCUACUCCCUGUUUGCUGGACAACCCCUCACCAUUCUGGGAAGCACUGGGCCUGUGCUUGUGUUUGAGAAGAUCCUCUUUAAAUUCUGCAAGGACUAUGACCUGUCCUACCUCUCUCUGCGUGUGUGCAUUGGUCUGUGGACGGCCUUUUUCUGCUUGCUGCUGGUUGCCACGGACGCCAGCUCGCUGGUGUGCUACAUCACCCGCUUCACAGAGGAGGCCUUUGCGUCCCUCAUCUGCAUCAUCUUCAUCUACGAGGCCCUGGAGAAGCUCAUACACCUGGGCGAACACUACCCCUUCAACAUGCACAAUGACCUCAACAAGCUCACACAGUACUCGUGUGUGUGUGUGAUGCCUAAGGAUCCCAGUAACGCCACAUUGCAAUACUGGGAGCAGAACAACAUCACAGGCACUCUGGUCGACUGGGGAAAUCUGGAUGUUCAGGGCUGCAUAGACAUGCAAGGGCACUUUGAGGGAACUGCAUGUGGUCAUCACGGCCCGUAUGUCCCUGACGUUCUCUUUUGGUCAGUGGUGCUCUUCUUCUCCACUGUGGCCAUGUCCUUCUUCCUCAAGGAGUUCAAAACCAGCCGCUACUUCCCCACCAAGGUCAGGCAGGUCAUCAGUGACUUUGCUGUGUUCAUCACUAUCCUCACCAUGGUCCUAGUGGACUAUGGCUUGGGUGUCCCCUCUCCAAAGCUUCAGGUUCCCAGUAAGUUUAAGCCAACCAGAGAUGACCGUGGGUGGCUGAUCAGUCCUUUAGGUCCUAACCCAUGGUGGACAACCAUUAUUUCCUGCAUCCCAGCGCUCCUCUGCACCAUCCUCAUCUUCAUGGACCAGCAGAUCACCGCCGUCAUCAUUAACCGCAAGGAACACAAGCUGAAGAAAGGUUGCGGAUACCACCUGGACCUGUUUGUGGUGGGUGUGAUGCUGGGCAUAUGCUCAGUGAUGGGGUUGCCAUGGUUUGUGGCGGCAACAGUGCUCUCCAUUUCGCACGUCAACAGCCUGAAGUUGGAGUCAGAGUGCUCAGCGCCUGGCGAGCAGCCCAAGUUCCUGGGCAUCCGCGAGCAGCGCUUCACUGGACUCAUGAUCUUCACCCUAAUGGGCUGCUCAGUCUUCAUGACCUCUGUGCUCAAGUUCAUCCCCAUGCCUGUCCUGUAUGGGGUGUUUCUGUACAUGGGCGCUUCCUCCCUCAGGGGUAUCCAGUUCUUUGACCGUCUGAAGCUCUUUGGGAUGCCAGCAAAGCACCAGCCUGACUUCAUCUACCUGCGCCACGUUCCAUUGCGGAAGGUCCACCUCUUCACCAUCAUCCAGCUUACCUGUCUGGUGCUGCUCUGGGUCAUCAAGACCUCCAGAGCCGCCAUAGUCUUCCCUAUGAUGGUGUUGGCUCUGGUAUUCAUCCGUAAACUGCUGGACUUCGUCAUUAGCAAGAGGGACCUAAGCUGGCUGGAUGAUCUAAUGCCAGAGAGCAAGAAGAAGAAGCUGGAAGAUGCAGAGGAAGAGGAGGUCCACAGUGGAGUGUUAGAGGACGAGGGAAUAGUCCAGGUGCCCCUGGAGGGACACUACAAGGAUGACCCCUCCAUAGUUAACAUUUCUGAUGAGAUGACAAAGGCCUCUUUUGGUAAUGUUUUUAAAGGCCUCAACCCAGAGAACACCAAAAAAGACAUGACCUCAAAAAGCUCCCCCACCUAAACUUCCUACAAGGUGAUUGGCUACAGUUUUCCCGGAGCGAUGAGCCGAAGACAUGAUCGCCAAAGAGAUGUCGAAAAAGGCUUGGACAGGGAGACCAGUUUGUGACAUUUUCCCUAUUUCAUCAAUGAUUAAUAACCUACACACACACACACAUGUGUGUGUGAAUGGACAGACAUCACCUGCAUGCAUGUAUUAAUGUGCCACAUUCCAAAACUUCUAUACGUUCCUUUCACAUUUGUCUGUGUUUGUACAAGUUGUGGAAACCUCCAGGAAACCAUUGCACCAUUUUCCAUAGUCUUUGUGUGUGUGUGUGUGUGUGUGUGUGUGUUUGUGUGCGCGAGUGCUUGUUUGAGAGUUUGUGUUUUUCUGUGUUAGAGUGUGUGUAUGUGUGUGAUGUAUCAGUACUUCUAAUGGAAGGGAUGAGGACACAGGAGUUUUUCAGUGUGAAGUUCCAUACUGAAUAAUGGUCCAAUAACAUUUUCAAACUUUUUUUUUUUCAAAUGAAUAGUGUGUAUUUUGUAUGUUUUUUUAAUUUUUCGACUUUCAAUAUUCUCCUUUUGAAAAUGAUCUCGUAUAUUAAAUAUAUCCAUUUUUUGUAUGUAGCUUAUUUUAAAGUGCUAGAAAUAGAAAUUAAGAAAUGUACUCAGUAGAUAUUGUGUUUAUGUCUGAAAUGUUCUUAUAGCAAAUAUAUCACAAAAUUACUGAAAUCUUUGCAAUUGUAAUAAAUGUAAACUGUCAGUAUAUUAGCAGUAUAUUUCAAGAAGUAUGUUCUUAAAUUCUUGUGAAGCACAUCUUGAAUGCUUCACCACAUCCAUACUUUUUAAAGUGGGUGCUGUUUUAUUUUAUUUUAUUUCUUUAUUUUUUGUAGCAGAAUCUUUGCCCAAACUCACUGUCAAUCUUUGUUCUUACCUUCCUCUUUCAACCCAUUAGAAUCUCAGCUGACUUGUCGUAACCCUUUUUAGGAGUUGUGAGUUGGCAUGUUUUGAAUGCAGAAUAACCAACCAUGUACAGAUGAUAAGGGGGGGUCGGGUCAACAGUACAUAUAGUAUAUAGAAAGCUUACAUAUAUAUUUUGUUUAAAUGGGAUAAAAAAAGACCUGUUAUGCCUGCAUACUGUUCCAUCUAUGUUGUCAGUCAUGUCACUUAACUUCUCCAUGCAAGCUCCUGAUUGGCGGCUGACAUAUCUGUUCCAUAAAUGUGUGCGUUUAACUGUAUCAAACCUGCUGUGUGUAAUGGUCAGGGAGAGAGAGAGAAAGAGAGAAGGAUGCAAUAAUUCUUUGAUAAGAUGGCAUUAUAUCAAGUUUUGAAUGGAAAUUUGUAUCUGUACAUUCCAUCUUGUACUUUCGUCCAUGUACUGUAUAAAGUGUCAUGACUUACCUGUCUAUAUGUAAUUUAAAUCAGAUUUAGAGAGAGUAGUAUGGAAGUAUUGGGCCAUUUCCUUUGGCUUCUCAUGCUUGAAACUGCCCAAAGAGGCAGGUGGUAGAUUUUUUUUUUGUACUGUGCACUUUCAUGUUUUUUUGUUUUUUUGCAACUGAUUAUUCAGCUAAACCUUCAAAUCAAUACUGAUGUUGCGUUCAAAUCAGUAUUGUCUUGUAGAAAUAAUUGUUUCCAUUGUUGACCAAAUAGUUAUUGUGACUUUUUUCAAAAAGUACAUGUGAAAGCUAAUAAAGCUGAUUAACAUUG